AUGGCGGCCGACAUGCUCAGGGAUGGCGGCCACGAGGAGGAGGACUGCGCAGUGUGCGUGGCCGUGCACAUACGGCCGCUGAUCGACAGCGAGGUGGUGGCGGGAUGCCAGGCCUGCCUGAACGUCACGCCGGGCGCGCCGCAGAUCUCCUGCCUGGGCAAGAGUUUCACAUUCGACCGCGUGUACGGGAGCUGCGGCGGGGAGCCCUCGGAGGGCAUCUUCAACCACUGCGUGUACCCGCUCGUGGACGGCCUGUUCAAGGGGUACAACGCCACGGUGUUCGCGUACGGCCAGACGGGGUCGGGGAAGACCUACACGAUGGGAUCGGCCUACACGCCGGGGGGAAACUCCCAGGGCGUCAUCCCGGAGGUGCUGGACCUCAUUUUCGAGAGGCUGAACCGCCAGAAGGACGUGGAGUGCAACGUGCGCGCCAGCUUUGUGGAGAUCCACAAGGAGGAGGUGAGGGACUUGCUGGUGAUGGACACCAGCCACAUGCCAGCGAUCCACGUUCGUGACGUCCCUGGCGGAGGUGUCUGCCUCUUUGGAGCCACUGAGAUGGAGGUCAGGAGCAAAGAUGACACCGCAGCGCUGCUUGAGCAGGGCUCCUUGGUCAGGGCUACUGCAUCCACCAACAUGAACACGAGAUCGUCUCGGUCGCAUGCCAUCUUUACAAUCACUCUGGAGCAGAGGCAAAGAUUCGCGAUCAACCAUUCCAAUGACGAUGGAGGAGAUAACAUGUCUGUGGACUCUGAGGACAGUGACAAGGAAAAUGACAGGGACCUUGCUGCUGUCGAUGACUAUCUUGUUGCAAAGAUGCAUCUUGUUGACUUGGCCGGCAGCGAAAGAGCAAAACGCACGAAGGCAGAGGGGCAGCGCCUGCAGGAGGCGAUUGACAUCAAUCGGGGGCUUUUGGCCCUUGGCAAGGUCAUCAGUGCACUUGUGGAAAAGCAGAGCCAUGUCCCGUAUCGUGACAGCAAGCUCACACGCUUGCUGCAAGAUUCAUUGGGAGGCAACAGCAGGACCGUCAUGCUUGCUUGCGUCAGCCCCGCUGAUGUGAACCUGGAUGAGAGUCUCAACACCCUUCGUUAUGCCAACCGUGCCAGGAACAUCAAAAACAAACCUGUGGUCAAUAGGGAUCCCACAGCGGCUCAAAUUGCCUACCUCAGGCACCAGCUUGUUCAGGUACGGGCUGAGCUGGCACAGUACAAGAAAAUGGCAGGGCCUGAAGGUGCGAAGAUGAUUGCAGCCCCGCAGGCAGACAACACGUUCCUUCAAGAUCAACUGGACAAGGCACAAAGGGAGAGGGCUCAUCUGAUGAGCGAAGUGGCCAAAAUGAAGGUCCAACUGGAGUGUGCCAUGGAUGAUGUGCAUACUGCCAACCAGAAAAUGGUGGAAGCCCAGAAAAGGACAAUCAAGCUUGAUAUGACACUGCAGCAGUUGAAGGACAAUGGGGUAGAGGUGCCCAUGCUGGAGGAAGACACUGAGGACGGGGGUGUCAUGGACAGGCUGUUGGCAUCGAAGGCUGAUCUUGAGCUGGAGAACAAGCGCUUGCGUGAGAGCCUGGAUGCCCUGCAGCACAGGCAUGCACCAUCCACACCUGGGGUGUCCUAUGACUCAGGAUCGUAUGCAUGCCCAGAGCUUCAAGAUGUUGACGAGCAGCUCAGGGCCGAUGUGCUGGCAGAUGCAGAGGAGGAGGCUUACAGACUUGAACAAAAGCGGUUGGGAGAGGAAUUGAACAACAUAUCACGUGCAUUGGAAGUCAAAGAAGAGCAGUACCAGAAAGUGGUGGACAGCAGUGGGCAGAUGGAGACAGUGAAGGCGCAGUACGAAAAGGUUCUGAAAGACCUCAACCAAGAUAGGGAUAAGCUGCAAAAAGAGAGGAUGGAGCUUGUUCAGAAACUCCAAAACCUGCAAGCAGAAAAGGCAGAGGACAAGGCAAAAUUGGAGGACAAGUUCAAGGAGCAGCUGAGAGAAAAGGAUGAGAAGCUGAAGGAGCUGAAGAAGAGAGAGAAAAAGCUCAUGAGCAUUGAGAGGCUCAAGAACAAGUCUGAGGAUGCCUGCCGCAGGCUUGAACAGGAUGUUCAGAGGAUCAAGCAACAGAAGGUUGCAUUGGUGAAGCAAAUUGACCAGCGGCAGAAGGACUACACCCAGCGCAUAAAAGAGCGUGAGAAAGAGCUCAAGCAGCUGAAGAAACAGGGCCGUGUCGCAGCUGCAAAGUACCAGCGUUUGGAAGCCAUGCAUACCAAGCAGCAGGCUGUGCUUAAACGCAAGACUGAGGAAGCAGAUGCCUCCAGAAAGCGGCUCAAGGAAAUUGUUGCCCUCACCAGCAAAGCUCAGAAAGAUGCAAGCAAGCGAUCUGGCGCUGUGGGUGUUGCUGUCGAGUGCCAGCCCAACCUGCAUGCACCUUUGCUGAAGGAUGAGAAGGGCCGCAGGGAUUGGCUGGAAAGGGAGAUCAACAUCUGCAAUCGGUCUUGGGAUUUGAGGCGCAUUCUGGAUGGCGAGAUUGCUCUGCGUGCAGAGUCCUGCAGGCAACUGCAUGAAGUAGAGAAGCGCAUGCUGCACAUCAGCACGCCUGGGAUAUCCAGUUCAGCGAGCCCCAUGGCCCGGGCUGAGAACUGCCAAAAGCUUGAGGAGCUGAAACGAAAGUUUGAGGAUGACAUCGCACAGCGCAGCGCCCAUAUUGCCGAGCUGCAGGAAGAGUGGGAGAAGGCAAAGAAUGAAGAGGAUGCCAAGCAAGGAAACGCUGCAGAAGUGAAGAGGUGGACAGGGCUCAAGAACUUGGGCGAGGGCCGAGCACUGUUGAAGACCCUGUUCAGGCUCGCAAGCGACCAGAGGGGCAUCAUGAACGAGCUUCAGGCUGACAAUGCCCGCAUACAAGAGGAAGCAUCGAAUCUGCAGCUAAAAUUGGAUGAGGCUGAAGAGGAGAAGCAAGAGCUGUGGAUUGCCAAUGCACGCACACAGGCUGCUAUCGUCAUGUCUCACACCAGCCCCUCCCGCGAUGUGCAGGACCACCAGGAGGAUGCUGCGUUGAACGAGUUGUUGAACGAGAUGGAGCGAGUAACGAGGACCCCUCUUGGCUCGCCCAUUCCCGGACAAGAUGACCUGGCAGAUGGAAGCCCAAUGGAUGCUUCUGAGGACGAAGACGAUGAGGACGACUUUGAUCAGCCAACACCCUUGUCAGAGAACGAUCCUGACUAUGAGCCUUUCCCGAACAAGUCAAGAUCAGGUGGUCAAGGUGUGGAUGAUCCUGUGCUUCUUGAGGCCAUCAACAGACAGCGCUGCGCCAACGGAGUGACUCCUGUGCCGCGCAUCACCGUGAAGAUUUUGGAGGCAGGACUAAAGUGGCUGAAGCCUGGUUGGGUCAAAGGGAGGAGGACCAAAGAGCAGCUGGUCCGAGAAUACAGGGAGCUUGCCGGGCUGGAUCGCCCUUCAAGCCUUCCCUCUUAUGACAGCAGGCAGACUGCUGCAGACGUGGACAAGCGGUCCAGUUUCGACUCCCUGUUUGCUUCCACACCCGUAAGACUUGGCGACAGGAGUGUCCUGACGUCGACUCCACGUGGGUAUCAGCUGCUUCAGAACGCACAGGCUGCCAAGGAAAAGGCGACAAACUUGAAGGCACGCCUGUCUCGAAGGUGCACCUCAGCGAUGGAUGUGGGUGGCCACAAUCAGGAGAAUGGACUGUCCGUCGCUGACGAGCUGCGGUACGGCCUUUCAAGGCGUCAACCAUCGAGGUCUGAGAGUGUCACUGAUCGCCCUGGGGCGCUGUUGCCGGUUAGCCUGCAGCAACGCCUGGAAACAAGGCAGCGAGGGACGGUGUCUGUCCCACCUCCGUCGAGCCCUUAG